AUGGGAAGUUGUUGUAAAAAAAAUACAAGAGAUUAAGUGAAUUAAAUAGAAAAUGUUUAAAAUUCUUAAGUUGCUCAGGCUGCAAACAAUACAAUCAAACAAAAUCAAUAAGAAUAAUGUGAGAUCAUAAAUCCAGAAAAUGAUGCUAUAAAAAAAUAAGAUAAUACUGUUUUCGAAAAAUAAGAUAAUAAUGCUAUCAAAAAAAGAGAAUAUAAUGCUUGUUUACCAAAUAUAGAAGAAACUGCAAACAAGAGGACAAACAAUUAAAAUGGGGAAAUAAAACAAAUAUAAAAUAGGGAAAUAUAACAAAUAUAGCUAAAUAAAAAAUACUUAAUGUUGCUUGGAACUGCAGGGGUAGGCAAGAGUAGACUCUUUAAAUAAUUGGGGUUUAGUGAUGUAUCUAAUGAGACAACAAAUUUUCUGGUAGGAAAUUAAAAGGAAUAUUAUUUUAUUGACACUCCUUCAUUUUAAUUAGAAGAUGAUAUAGAUACAAGAGAAAAAAUUAUUAAAUAAUUUUAAGAUUAUUUUGAUAAGUAGAAACAAAUUUCAAGUUUUUGUAUAGUAGUAAAUUUUGAAAGAACAGAUUUAAUGAAGAAAAAAGUGCUAUCAGUCUUAAAAUAUAUGAGGAAAUUUAUUAACAUUAUCUCAAUUAUUAUUGUUAAUAUGGAAUUAAGCCAAAAUCAGAAGCAAGAUGAAAAACAUUUAGAAGAUAGUUUCAAAUUUAUGAAUUAUAACAAAAUACUAUUUAUAUAAAAGGAUAUGAAUUCAGAAGAAAUAAUUAAACAGAUAAAGGAUAUUAAAUUUCAAGAAACAUAAAUUGAUUUAACUGAUACCAUUUUUGAAAAGUUAACUUAAAGUGAAGAAAAUAGAUAACUCUAAGAAAUAUAAAAUAAAAUGCAAUAACGAUUUUGA